AUGGAAUAACCACCAGAGUCCAUAUUUGCAUCAAUAGACAAUUGUUUUGAUCACUCAAUUGUUUAUUACUUUCGAAUUCUUAAAUGGAACUUUUUCCUAAUGCUUAUUUUUGCCAUUCUUCAUGCUCCAUCAUUGAUAUUUUGCAUUACAGGAAACAGCAUUUUCAAUUAAUUUCAGCUUCAAUUAGAAACUUUUACAGUAGCCAAUAUCGACAUUUCAAACGAGACAGCCUUUCUAAUUGGAGUCUUAGGGGACGCUAUUGGAACACUUCUCUACUUUUUGUCCUUGCUAUAUUUACGAUACAAUGCUAUAAAUAAGGAUUCAUAAUUUAAGGUAUCGAGUAUUUCACCCUGGAGUGUCGAGGUAAGUGGGUUUCCAUCAGCAACGAUAGAUCCUGAAGACCUUCGAUCUAUUAUUCAAUCUAAUACAUAUGAGAUAUAUUUAGUGCGCAAUUUCUAGGGCACUCUCAGUAUCAUGAAGAAUAAGGCAUUCAAAGAGAGAUAAAUCAGAUUAGAGAAGAAAAAGUUAGAAGUAUUUUCUAAGAGAUUAUCAUAAGCAGAUAUGUAUGUAAGACAAGACUUCAUCAGAGUAUUGAGUGAUGAAUUAAAAGAUAUCACUAAGGAAUUGUCUGAUAAAUUCAAUAUCUUUUUAGCUCCAGAUGAUCUUGAAUCUAUUAAGGCUUUUGUUGUUUUUAAGAGCAAAGUAGAUCGUGAUCUAUUUUAUGAGAAAUACAAUUAAGAUUGCUUAGUUAGGAAUGGAGUCUACUUAUUUUUAAAUCAACCAUAAGAAUUGAAGCUUAGAGGCUUAUAUACGAUAACAGUAACAGAAGCUCCUGAUCCUAAUGAGAUAAAAUGGGAGAAUAUGGAUUAUUAAGAAAGAAACAAUAUUCAAAUUAUACUAAUGCAUCUAGCAGUAGCAAUAAUAUUAUUAGCACCUCUGAUAGUUUUUGAAAAUAUGGCUUUGAAGAAUGCUAGAAAUAAUACAGUGAAAUGUACUGAGUAUUGUUUGGAUAGUGACUUUACAAGAACGGCUUAUUAUAUAAUCACUGGAUUUUGGAUAUUCAUAGCUGAUAUAUUAGGAUGGAUCUUUUUAGAGUUGAUAAUCAAUAAGGAAAAACAAAUAUAUUUAGUCUAAGAAUAGAAGGUAGUUUUGAUAAGAAUAAUUGUCUAUAUGAUUUGUUACACAUUACUGGUUCCAAUCUUAAUUUCAUGGGAGACCAUAGGAAAUAUUGUAUUAGUAGUUUAAAGUUACACUUCUACAGAAAAAACAUUAAUCUUUAGUGAUGAUCUAGAUAGAAAAUGGAUAAUUAAUCAUGGUAUGAUAUUUCUUUGGGUAUCCAUAUUUUUUACUUUGAAAUUGAUAAUCUUGGGAGUUGCAUCGGGUUGUAGAUGCCUAACAGGUGGGAUCAGAGAUUAAGAAGAGUUGUAAUUAGUUGGUUCUUUGUUAACAGAUGAAAACGAAGAAGAAAGAUAAAAGUUGACUGGUUAAUUAAAAACUGCAUCGAAUAAUAAUUAAUCUCAUUAAACUCUGUUCUUAUUGAAUUUAGAUGAGAGUGUUAAUUACAACGUAUAAUCAAGAUAGAAUUUGGAUGUUAAGACAGGAAAAUAAUUUAGACGUGAUUCCCCACUGAUCAAUAGUAAUCCCACAUUUAAGACUGGACUGAGAUAUGCCAAAUUAUUGUUUAGUAUAUUCCUAUCAACAAUCAUAUCAGCAGGACUGCCUUUAAUGCCUCUAUUGGGUGCUAUACAAAUAGGGAUGCAGUACAUUUAUGACAAGAAUAUGUUAUUGCGAUAUCACUCUUAUAAUGAAAAGCAACAGGUGAAAUUGUAGGAGCAAUUAAAGUCAGUAGGGAUUGUAACAUUGAAAUUCAUUCAUUUCUUUCUCAUACUUCAUUUAAUAUUUAGUGUAUUGAUAUAUGGGUAUCCAUACUUCUACACUCAGAAUGGCAUGGGGAUUUCAUAGAAUUGGAAUGAUGCUUCAAAUAAAUUAUUAUAUAAAGUAAGCACAGUCAUUCCUCUUACUUUACUAUUAAUAAUUUUAGUGUUGGCUCUGAUUAUUGAUUUGGUAUUUUUCGGUAUCAAGAACAAUUGGAAGAUCCAGUCUGAUUAAAUAGGACAGGAUGUACCUUAAAACCUUGAUGAUCAUGUGAAUGCUUUGAAAGAACAAGGGAGUGCCAUAUCCUACAAUCUAAAGCACCAUGAUGAAUUUAGGGACAUUUUGCUUAGUCAAAAAUAAGAGAGCAUAAGGGCCACUCUUAAUUAAUUCAAACAUUGA